UCUCCUGAUGCCCAACCCAGUGUCCUGCUUGGUGGCUUGCACUGUGAUGAGGAGUGGUGGCGGCACGUGCUGGGACACGUGGAGCUUGCGCACCUCCCUUCUUCCUUGUGGGUGAGUUCAGGGAGAAGUAAAUGCUUGUCCUAUCUGCUCUUCUCUUUCUGCAGUGUUUGGAGAGCUCACUUGACUGCCUGCUCUGCCUCCUCUUGCUCUCCUGCUUGGUGUUGCGUUUUCCCAGGCAAAUUAGAAAAUGGGGCAGUCUGACCCAGAGGAGGGCCAGCUGCCAGCACCAGUGAAGCCCCCAGAUGGUGGUUGGGGCUGGGUGGUGCUGCUGGGCUGCUUUGUGAUCACUGGCUUCUCAUACGCCUUCCCCAAGGCUGUGAGUGUCUACUUCAAAGAACUGAUGCGGGACUUCCAUGUGGGCUACAGCGACACAGCCUGGAUCUCCUCCAUCAUGCUGGCCAUGCUAUAUGGGACAGGACCGGUGAGUAGCAUCAUGGUGAACCAGUUUGGAUGCCGGCCUGUGAUGCUUAUUGGAGGGCUCCUGGCUUCCUCUGGGAUGAUCCUAGCCUCUUUCACCACCAAUAUUAUUGAGCUGUAUCUGACAGCUGGUGUGUUGACAGGUCUAGGUAUGGCUCUGAACUUCCAGCCCUCCUUGAUCAUGCUUGGUUCCUACUUUGACAAACGUAGACCUCUGGCCAACGGGCUUGCUGCAGCUGGGAGCCCUGUCUUCCUUUCUGCCCUCUCUCCUCUGGGGCAAGUCUUGCUUGAGAAAUUUGGCUGGCGAGGGGGGUUCCUCAUCAUGGGGGGGUUGCUGCUCAACUGCUGCACCUGUGGAGCUGUCAUGAGACCCCUGGAGAUGAGCAUGAAGCGGAAGAUGGAGAAGGUCCAGGACAAAUAUGAAGCUAAGGAAAUGCUGCCAAUGGGGGAAAAGACAGAGGAGGCCAUGACCACCACCAAUGAAGCCAAGUCAAAGAAAGCCAAGAAAAAGAAGCCCCCAAAAGGGAAGAAGCUGUUGGAUUUUUCUAUUUUUUCCAACAGGGGGUUUGUCAUCUAUGCCAUUUCUAAGUUCAUCCUGGUAUUGGGUCUCUUUGUUCCCCCUAUCUUAUUGGUCAACUAUGCUAAGGACAUCGGAGUGCCAGACACAGAGGCUGCCUUCCUGCUCUCCAUUAUUGGCUUCAUAGACAUUUUUGCCCGACCCUCCUGUGGGGUAGUGGCCGGGCUGAAGUUUAUCCGUCCUCAUGUGGCCUACUUGUUCAGCUUUGCUAUGCUCUUCAAUGGCUUGACAGAUAUCUGCAGUGCCAGAGCUAGCAAUUACACAGCGCUGGUCAUUUUCUGUGUCUUCUUUGGCAUCUCCUAUGGGAUGGUGGGUGCACUGCAGUUUGAAGUGCUGAUGGCCAUAGUUGGUUCCCAGAAGUUCUCCAGUGCCAUUGGGCUGGUCCUGCUCAUUGAAGCUGUUGCUGUGCUCAUUGGGCCACCUUCAGCAGGACGCUUGGUGGAUGCCCUGAAGAACUACGAGGUCAUCUUCUACCUGGCUGGCUCGGAGGUUGUGCUCUCCUCCCUUUUCCUGGGCGUGGUGAGCUACUGCUGCCUGAAUCGGGGGAAGAAGACACCUCCACCAGCAAAGACCUCUUCCACAGGUGGUUGCAGUGACACAGAAGAGGCAGAGUCAGAUGCACAGGAAGUAGAAGACCAUGCAGGUGACAACCACCAACAAUCCUACAGCACCAACAAUGCCCUCAUUGUGGGGAGUGAUGCUGUGAACCACUUAAGGGAGGAUCAGAGCGUGGAUGCAGUUGGGCGCCCUGAGGGUGAUGGGGAGGCAUUGAUGCCAGUCAGAUGCAGCUCCAACCAAACAGUGGAGAGAGAGAGUUUUUAGGGAGUUAAAAGCCAGGAUGGAGGAAUAUAGACACAGUGCUAAAGCACUGGAUUGGUCUGGUUUGCAGACAACUAUGUAAGUGGGAAGAACAUGGGGGGAAGGAUUGGGGUGAGGAGAGAAAUGUGGGCAAGUGUGGAAGGACAGGAGAAAACCUAAGAGUUAACAAUUUUUAAUGUAUAUACGUAGAGACAUGUUAUAUCUAGUGAUGUGUUUAACAGCAUGCUGCACGUCUACUGAUCUUUCACACAGGCUCAGAGGAGCAUUCUUGCUAUCUAAACUGGCCCUGGAAAACUUUAAGAGUUAACUAAGGCAAUCAGUGGGCUUUAAUUUUCCUUUCUAAGAUGUCCCAAUAAACCAAAAUUAGAUUCUUUACAACAUGAUUUCCAGCUGUUUGCUCUGUCUUCAGUGUCUCUCAUAUCUGCCUCAGGACAAAACAGACUGUAGAAGGGCAAAGGAAACUAAGGCACAAUAUUCUUAAGAUGAACUUGCCUCUCCCACAGACUGAGACUACGUAGGCCAUGUUUGCAGGAACCGAUGGCAUAGGAAGGAUGUGAUGGUUCUCUUGCAAGGAGGCAGUGGGGGGAUUGGGUCUGGAACAGUAAUUCAGUAAAGAGUGCAAGGGAAGAAAAAGCUUAUAUAACCAAAUGCCACUAGCCAGCCUCUAUGAUGUAAGGCCUCAAGUGAAGGAAUAUUAGCAAGCCCUCUCCCUAAAGGCUGCAUCUGCUAGAUUUAAACUGGAUGUGGGAGAGGGUAGUUGGCAUGUGAUGGGAAUAGCUGGCAGUGUGGGGGUGGUCUUUCUUCAGGGCCCAGGUAUAGAUGAGCCAUGUUCCAAGGGAUUAUCCAACUCUGGAGUAAUAGUACACAAGGGCUUGGUGUUUAUUUAAAAAGAAAACCCCUUAUACAAAGGACUCAAUGUUACAGCAGAAGAACAUGCAGCAGCCAGAGGGUACAAUGAAUGACGGUGUUUGACCAAGUAGUAAAUCAGGCUUGGGGCCCCCAGGCUGUAGGGAUGGAUUUCUGGAUUCUAAGAGACCAAUCUUCCCUGGCAUGCUUAAACAACACUUAAUCUGCUUUCAAACUGGGUUUCUCAUAACCCCUGUAGUCAAAGCCUUUUUUUCCAGUUUCAUGAACUGUGUCACCUUGCAUACCCUAUGGCAGCACCUUGCAGGACCUAUUGCUACAUCAAGGGAUCAAAAACUGAAUAGAGGAGCGGAAGGCAGCAGGCUCAGGGCAUGACUCAGUAGAGGCAAUCUGCAGAGGAAUUGGGUCAUGGGAGAGGGGAAAGAAAACAAGUCUUGCUUCAGCUGUUUCUCAUCAAGGCACCUGCUCACAGGUGCCAUUGAUCUGUUGUAACAAAGACAGUUUUAGAAAAAGAGAUGGGAAUAGAAUGGGUCAAAUAAACUAGCAAAGCUGUGCUUCCUCCCUCUGUGGCUGAACUGCAGCAGGUGGCACUGCUACCUCCUUGUUGUGUGACAAAUGGUUUCAGACUGCUGGCCCUGAAUUCAUGAUAAUUUACUUCAUGCACUCAAAUGCGUCCGAGCCAAGUGUCAAGCUUUCAAACCCUUGUAGAACUGGUACAGAAGAUGUCAGAGACUUUCCAUUACCUAGUAUACGUCCUUGCCCAUCAAGAAUUCUCUCUGAACGUUCUCUGGAGCAUUGUCUUGUUCAUCUGCUUUUAAAUGACUUGAGAGCAAGAGCUGUCAGCACAUCUGUGGCAAGACUAUUCCAAACAAAUAGAUUUAACCGGAGCAAAUCUAUUCUCAAUACUCAGCCAACACGACCCUUCACUCAAUUUCAGCCUGUAGAUUCUAACCAUAUAACCAGCCCUCUUUUAAUGCCAACUUAAUAUGCUUCUCUGCAAAGAAGCUUGGGUAAGGAAAAAAUUAUAAUUGGGAAACAGCCCACGAGCUGCUCUUGUUCACUGAGUAUCUUACCUAGCUUCACAGGCAGACAAGGUUCUUUGGGUAGGUGUGUUUAUCUUUUAUUAGACCAACUAAAUAUUUGGAAAAAUUGUUCUGUGCAAGCUUUUGGGCACAAACACCCUUCUUCCUAUCCUCCGAAUUCAAGGGUCACAGAAGUAGUAUAUUGCCUCCUCUACCUUUCUGUUUGUUAAGUUGCACUGAGCAUAUAACUCAGGACCUGUGCCCCUAUGAUCACUCAUUUGGAGUUCUUUCCUUUACACAUUUGGUCCAGUUCUUUGAUUACCAUAAUUGCUCAUUUUACUUCCCACUGAAGAAAUAAUGGCCUAGCUCAUCAGCAGGAACUAAUUUGAAUAACUUUUUAAAUGAGACUUGGUGCCACAAUGCUACCCAAUAUGCCAUUCCAAAGGCAGUCUUCCCAAUGUCUUCUGCCAGUCAAGUUUCUAGAAAUGGGUAGAAUAUGACUGCAGCAAGUGGGCUUGUGGCACUCAGUCUUCCCAGUCACAAUUGUCUUGCACAUUCCUAUAAGCUACUUUACAUGUCUGGCACAGCUGGCAACCUUUCAGGGGCAGGGCUUCAAUAUCAGCAUAAGCUUGUGGCAUCUAAUGUGGUAUGCUUGAGAAGGUACCAUAGGAUGAGACACAUACGGAGCACUGUGUUUUAUGAGAUGGAUGAUGGCCCUCUAAGUCAAGUCACAGGAGGGCAUGGAAUAGCAGUAUACACAGAAGUACCCUAUGUACAUCAUACUUCUUAUUUGCAAAGCAGGCUCAUACUGCAGCCACCACCAUUAUGUCAGCUCUGUUUAAGGAGCUAACGAUUCGCAUGUGACAAAAGCUACUUGGACAAUUCAGAUACUUUAUAUUUCACCUUAGGACUACAGUAAAGGGAUGAGAAGUGACAGAACCACUAAAAUGAUUU